ACUAAUGGAGAAAAAAUGUCAUCUUUCUUGUUCAAACUCUUGUAUGUGAUCUAUGCAUAGAUAUCUACUGUGUAAUCUUAUUAAUAUAAUAUUGAUUUUAGUUAUAUGUGGGAGAAUAAAAAAGAUGAAUAUAAAAAGCAAGAAAAACCAUGAGUGGCUUGCCGCUUUUAGGCUGGAAACUGUGACCACCAAACAUACCUUUCAACACCCCAUUCCCUGUAUAUUAUAUUCUUAGGAUUCAGAAUAGAAAAAGAGUUGGAUAAAAAGAGUAAGAACCACUGCCUUUUCUUGGUUUGAAGAUCAUUUCAAUCUCGAGGCUGCAAUUGUUUUCCUUUUCUGGGUCUUGAAGAUCUGAAUCAGAUUCAAAGCUCUGGUUUUUUUAACAAGUUUUCUCUACAUGGGCUCGUUGGAUCGGUUGUUUAACAGGCAAAGAAGUGUUCAUGAGAUCCUUGGAGGAGGUCUUGUAGUUGCGGAUGUGAUUUUAUGGAGACAAAAGAAUCUAACUGUGGGGAUACUAUUAGUAGCACUAGCUGCUUGGGUGGUUUUUGAGAAAUCUGGCUAUACUUUGUUAUCACUGGUCUCUAGUGUUUUUCUCCUCCUCGUUGCCAUUCUCUUCCUCUGGGCCAAAUCUGCAGCAAUUCUCAACAGACCUUCUCCACCUCUACCAGAGUUGCAUUUAUCAGAAGAAAUGGUAAAUGAAAUGGCUUCCUUCAUCCGCAUUCGUGUCAAUAAUUUACUCAGAGUUUCUCAAGAUAUUGCCCUUGGUAAAGACUCAAGAUUGUUCUUUAAAGUAGCCGGAUACCUCUGUCUGAUAUCCUUUGUUGGUGGCAUGACUGAUUUUCUUACUUUGGCAUACACCAGUCUUGUCAUUGUUUUAACAAUUCCAGCCCUUUAUGAGAGGUAUGAAGUUCAUAUAGACAAGUUUAUCAUGAUGGAGUACAGAAGAUUACAGCAACUAUAUGCCUUCAUGGAUGAAAAAUGUUUCAGCAAAUUGCAAAAGUGGGUUUUGGAGAAAAGAAAACUCAGUUAAUAUCACCAUCUUAAAAUAUAUUUUUGUACACUUUUUUUGGGGGGGGAUUGGGAUUGUCUUCUUUUGGCCUUUUUGGGAAGAUCAUGGGAAUGCAGCCAAGUGUGAGAUUGGCUCUUUUGUUUUGUUUUAUCUUUUUUGGUAAAGAGAAACUCCUUUUUUGGGGUUUUAUCUUUUAAGGCUGAAGUUUUGUAAUAGAGAAGUUGUGAGGACUCAUUGAUUGAGGUAAACAAAUUCUCAAAUUAAAUGUAAUUUCAUCAUAGUAAAUCAUUUGUUGAACUCA